AUGUUUCAUACCCCGUUCGGAGCUGAAACUGUCACAUUCUCCGUGGCUGUACUCAGGCUGAUCGAAUUUGAGGUCCACCAGGAGGUCCUUCAGGAGGUCCACCCGAUCCAUGGCGAGAACGCGAAAUUUCAGCUACGACAGAACACCCAUAUCAAGAUCACACCUGAGUUCGCCAAAUCCUACAACCGCAGAAUGAAACAAGCCAAUUUCCACGGCUGCAAACUGGUCAGGGCUGCUCUGAUCUCUAUCGGACUAAAUCCCAUUGAUCCCCCCUGCGUAACUUCCGAGAACCAGCUGGCCCCCAACGACAAAGAUCCCUGGGUUUGCCACGACUUUAAGCCUUCCGAUGCAAGUUCCGAGAACGAGCAGGCCCCCAAGUGA